CCUAUUAUUUAACUUGGAAAGACACUGCUGUUAUCUUUGGAAAGGGAAAAUUUUACAAGGUAUCACAGUCAUGAUGGCGACCGCUGCACCACCUUCAUUGGACUGGCAAACUGGGAAAACACUGUCAGAGUGUUUUGACCAUAUCCUCACUUCCGGUAUAGCUAUUGACGUCACAUUUCUUGUCGGCAAAGACAAGAAAAUAAUUUCCGCUCACAAACUGGUCCUCAUCAGCCGAAGUCCCGUGUUUUAUGCCAUGUUUGAGGGUCCGAUGGCCGAGAAAGGGGAGGUAACCAUUCCGGAUAUCUCUGAAGACGCUUUCCAGAUUUUUCUUAGGUAUCUGUAUACAGACAAAAUCGACCUAACAGAGAAGAACACAGUACCGGUUUUAAGUGUUGCCAGGAAAUACUGUGUAGACAUUCUUGUUUCCAAAUGUGAGGAGUUUCUGAACCAAACUGUGUCCGUAGACAAUGCCUGUCUGUUUCUGGAGCUAGCUCACGAGUUCCUGAUGGAAAAUCUUAAAACGGAAUGCCUUCAGUUGAUUUCUGACUUCCCAUACAAUAUACUGAAGUCCUCAUCAUUUGCUGACCUGUGUCCGAGCUGUGUGGUCAGCAUUACCGAGUCUGAUGACCUACAAGCAGACGAGAGUGAUGUGUACAAUGCCGUCGUAAUGUGGGCAGAGGCGGAAUGUAAACGACAAAACCUAGAUGCCUCAUCUGAUAACAAAAGGAAGGUCUUAGGAGAUAUCCUCUACACUGUCCGGUUUUCUGUGAUGGAUGAUGACUUUUUUCAAAAGAAAGUUUGUCAUCACAAGGUACUUCCUGCUGAGGAUGCCAUUCAAACAAUCAACUAUCGACAUCACCGGGAGAAGGUAUCAGGCAGCAAACUUAAUCAUAACGAGAGAAGAAUUGAUAGGAUAAAAGAAAGAGUAUGGCGUGUUAAGGGAAUUGUACACGAAGCUUGGAUUGCUGGAAAGGAGUCGGUGUCGUUUACAGUAUCUGACAGUAUACGCUUACGAGGAUUUGGAUCAUACUACUCCAUCGGUGACAAUACUGUCAACGUAGUCAUUUAUGAAAAUACAGAGGUUAUUUACAAAGCUAAUAACAUCUCUCGGGUUAAAAGCGAAUACGAUGAAAUCGGGGAAGUUUUGUUGAAGGACAGCGAGUACAUCCACCUCAAACCUGGCAAUGUGUACACUAUAACAGAACAUACAUCUCAUAAUAGAAAGUGUUACAGCCAACAUAAACUCGGCGAUACAUUUCAGUGCAAACAUACAACGAUCACAUUUCGGACACCUGUUGCUAUUUUGCCAGACAAAAGACACAAUAGACACCAAUUGCCAUAUUUGUUGCUGAAAUAAAGUUGACAUUAAC